AUGUCAUUUCGCGGAGGCGGUCGUGGCGGCUUUUCCGGUCGUGGUGGAGGUUUCGGUGGCCGUGGAGGCGGCCGAGGAGGUUUCCAGCAGUCCUUCGGGCCCCCAGACCAGGUCCUAGAGAUGGGUACUUUCAUGCACGCCUGUGAAGGCGAGAUGGUUUGCGAAUCUAUCAACCCCAAGAUUCCUUACUUCAACGCCCCCAUGUACCUGGAGAACAAGACACCCAUCGGCAAGAUCGACGAAGUUCUCGGCCCCAUCAACCAAGUUUACUUCACCAUCAAGCCCCAAGAAGGUAUCGUCGCGACAUCCUUCAAGCCCGGCGAUAAGGUCUACAUCGGCGGUGACAAGCUCCUUCCUAUCGAAAAGUUCCUCCCCAAGCCCAAGGCUCCCCCAGGAUCCAAGCCCAAGAAGGCAGUUGGAGCUCGUGGUGGUGGCCGUGGCGGCCGUGGUGGUGGUCGCGGUUUCGGUGCUCCUCGCGGCCGUGGCGGUGCUCCCAGAGGACGCGGUGCUCCUCGUGGUGGAAGCUUUGGAUCUCGCGGCGGUAGUGGUUUCGGUGGUGGUGGUUUCGGUGGUAGGGGAGGUGGCCGUGGGGCGCCUCGUGGGGGUUUCCGCGGGCGAUUCUAA